GAGGGCAGUCAAGUGCAAGGGGGCGGGGGCUCGUGUGCUCGGGCCGCCGGGCCGGGGCGGGCCGGCCGGCGGGGCAUUUAAACCCUGCUGACAGCCGGCCUGACACACGCAACAGGCCUGCGUCGUCCUCCUCGACUCAGCUUGGGGUACCGGCCGAGCAAGAUGCGGUCCUCCUUGGCUCCGGGAAUCUGGGUCCUCCGCGCCUUCUCCAGGGACAGCUGGUACCGUGGCUUCAUCCUGCUGCUCACCUUCCUCAUCUACACCUGUUACCACAUGUCCAGGAAGCCUAUCAGCAUUGUCAAGAGCCGCCUGCACCAGAACUGCUCAGCACUGGAACCUAUCAACUACACUGUCAAUACCAGUGACAACUCGUGGUGCAGCUGGGCUCCGUUCGACCAGGACAACUACUCGGAGCUGCUGGGGGCUGUGGACAAUGCCUUCCUCGUGGCCUACGCCAUCGGCAUGUUCAUCAGUGGAAUUUUUGGGGAGCGGCUCCCGCUCCGUUAUUACCUGUCUGCCGGAAUGCUGCUCAGUGGCCUUUUCACUUCACUCUUUGGCCUGGGGUACUUCUGGAACAUCCACAUGCUCUGGUACUUUGUGGUCAUCCAGAUCUGCAAUGGACUGGUCCAGACCACAGGCUGGCCCUCUGUGGUGACCUGCGUUGGCAACUGGUUCGGGAAGGGGAAGCGGGGGCUCAUCAUGGGCGUUUGGAACUCCCACACCUCUGUGGGCAACAUCCUGGGCUCCCUGAUCGCUGGCAUCUGGGUGAACAAUCACUGGGGGCUGUCGUUUGUGGUGCCAGGCAUCAUUACCGCAGCCGUGGGGGUCCUCACCUUCCUCUUCCUCAUUGAGUAUCCAGAGGAUGUGGACUGCAGCCCUCCUCAGCACCAUGUGAGUGGCGGGCCAGAUGAGGACCAGGACAACCCUGAGGAUCCUGCAAGUGGUUCUUAUGGACACCGGGAGAACAACCUGGAGACCGGGGCCAGCUGCUCCAAGGAGCCUUGCGAGGAACCUGCCGCCAUCAGUUUCCUGGGGGCGCUGCGGAUCCCGGGUGUGAUUGAGUUCUCCCUGUGCCUGCUCUUUGCCAAGCUGGUCAGCUACACCUUCCUCUACUGGCUGCCCCUCUACAUCUUCAAUGUGGCCCACUUCAGUGCCAAGGAGGCGGGGGACCUGUCCACACUCUUCGAUGUUGGCGGCAUCAUAGGUGGUAUCAUGGCAGGAAUCAUCUCUGACUACACCAAUGGCAGGGCCACCACCUGCUGCAUCAUGCUGCUCUUGGCUGCCCCCAUGAUGUUCCUAUACAACUACAUCGGCCAGAAUGGGAUCACCAGCUCCAUAGUGAUGCUGAUCAUCUGCGGGGCCCUGGUCAACGGCCCUUACUCCCUUAUCACCACUGCUGUCUCUGCUGACCUGGGUACUCACAAGAGUCUGAAGGGCAAUGCCAAGGCCCUCUCCACUGUCACAGCCAUCAUUGACGGCACUGGCUCUGUAGGUGCGGCUCUGGGACCUCUGCUGGCUGGGCUCAUAUCACCCACAGGCUGGAAUAAUGUCUUCUACAUGCUCAUCUCUGCCGAUGUCCUGGCCUGCUUGCUUCUCUGCCGGUUGGUGUACAAAGAGAUCCGGGUUUGGAAGGCAAUGCUGAGCAGGGCCAGAGGCUCUAGUCUGGCCCUAACCCAACCGCGGUAAUAUUUUCCUCCAGCCCCAUGAUUUUUGUAUAAAGAAAUAUGAGGCCCUGAUCAAAAGAGAAGCAAGGAGGGUCCCCGCCGGGUCCUCACAGUGAAAGACAAUCGAAACAUCCAUGAGUCGGUUUGGCAAAGCCUCUUGAUCCAACACCAGCUCAGCUCAGCCCAGCCCAGUCCAGCCCAGCUGAACCCAAGUUCAGCUCUUAUGACUGCUAACAGUUCAAGCUCUUAGGACUGCUAAGAGAAUAAGUGACUCCAUGGGAAGGGGACUAUCAAGCAUGAGCAAGUGGAGGGAUCCAAGGGCCUGAGUUCUGAAAGCUGUGUGCAGAGGGAUGCAGCCCUGGGCUGAGGGCUGUGUCCUUGAGAGCUGCCUCCAUGCUGGCAAGUGAAGGUGAUGUGCCAACUGUUGCUCAUCCAGUUGCCAAGACAGAAAGCAAAGCUCUGCUCAGCAAGGUCAAAGUCUGUCUCCCCCAGGCUCAAAUCUAAUCUAACCAAUCUGGUGGGCAUUUCAUCCCAUUUCAAAGAUGCCUGCCUCUCUUUACCCCUCUAUCCAUGGACCAGGCUUCUCUAUCUGUCCCAAAGUGGGAUCCUUGUCUUCCACCCCCCAGUUCCUCCUGUUGAUGGCUUCAUUGUACACCUUGAGGAAAGCGUUGUUGCAAUUCCAUCAGGACCCAAGCCACAAAGAGCGGCAUUGGGUACCAGACACGAGCAAGUUCACUCUUGGACUCAUGCAGCUCUGAUUCCUGCCUCAUGCUGGUCCCAGCCCAGCUGUCACAGUGGAGAAUGACUUCUGGGCCAGCAUCGAUGGAGGAGGGGGCAGAAGGACAAGACUAAACUUAAUAGUGUGUGUACUGAGAAUUUUCAGAAUGAAAUGUUGAUGAUUA